AUGGAAAAUAUAUAUCAAUUCCACAAUAACCAUUAUCUUAGAUAACUUCAAUGCAGAGAUCAAAUUGAACGCAAGGUCUACAUACCAUUAUUCAUAGAAAUUAAUGAGUAGAAAUCAGAGAUAAAAGAGCUGAGGUCUAAAAAUGUUGACUUAGCUCAUCUUGAAGUGUAGUAAAAUGUUUAGUUCAGUUCGUCAUCCAAGUACAAAGAGAUGAAAACCUAGAUUGAUAACCUGUAUAAAGAAAAUAGAGAACUAAUGAAGCAGAAUCAAGAAUUAACCUCAUUGUACUUAAAAGAUCACAAUCAGGUCAAGUAGUUGGAAGAGAGAAUAAGAUUGAAGGCCGAUCGAUUAGCAGCACUUCAGGAAGAGGUUUAAGAAACCAAAGAGGAAAAAGAAUUAAUGCUUUAAAAAAUAGAAUACUUCAAAGCUUUAGUAGAAUAAAAGGAUCAAGACCUGAAGAACAUGGAAAAUUUUAAGAAUUCAGUUGAGAGUAAACUAAUAGACUAGGAGAUCGAAUAUGCAAAGAAAAAGCUACCUCCUAAAUCAUCAAACCUAAUUGACGAUUAUGAUUUCUUUGAUCAUGCUAGAGAUUUCACAGUAGCCUCAUUUAACUUUGUCCCAAAAUCUUAAAACGAUUUUCAGUAGAAUAUAAAGGAGGAUAGAUCAGUAAAACUUACUAUGAAUAAGGUUAGUUCUUAGAAAAAUCUAGCCAAUGUCAAUUCAUUCAAAUAAUAUAACGCAGACUCUAAGACUAAGCCUUCAAAGAGACCUACACAUACUUCAGACAUCUCUACAUAAGAUUAGUCAGCAGAUAAUACUCAAAGCUAUUUGAAAAGACAGCUUAAAACAAUGGCCUAUGUUGGGAAUCAGCCUUCAUGGAGUGGAGUUGGGCUAUUAAACUAAAUGGAUGAAAUAAAGGAAGAAGAUAGUAUGGUUGAGCAAUCAAUGAUAGUGCAUAGUCAUAAUUCUACAUAGAUUUUAUAGCCAAAUCUUUUCCAUUCUAGAACCUCUAUAAUGACAAAGGGCAAAAGUGGGCUCUAUGGUGCAUAUCAUGAUAUUAUACCUUCUAAACCUGUUUAGUGUAUUCAAGCUCAUAAUACAGAUGGUAUAUGUGUAGCUUUCAAUAAAAAUGGAGAAGGUAUAGCCACAGGAGGAGACUAAGCCCUUAAGUUAUGGGAUACUAACUCACUAGGGCUUUAAUCUUCUUUUUCAAGAUUCUCAAAGUCAGUCAAUUGCUUAACCUAUUCGAAUAAUUCUGAUUACUUGAUGGUUUGCUCUAAUGAUUAUUAGGCAAAAAUUUUGAAGUCAAAUCCAUUGAGAGUAUUGACAUUUUUGAAUGGCCACACUGAUAUAAUUAACUAAUGCUGCUUUAGUAAUUUCACCUAGAAAGCAGUGACAGGGAGUGCUGAUAGAUAGAUUAAAAUAUGGGAUAUAUAUAAGGGCCAGAGUUCUGAAAAGUUUGUAUCAUCAUCCUAAUGCAAUUCAAUUGAUAUUAGUUAUUCUGACAGAGUAAUUCUUUCAGGUCAUUAGGAUGGUGGCUUAAGAAUAUGGCACACUUAGCAAAAAACACCAGCAAAAGAGAUAUCAGAUUUGCAUGACGAGGCAAUAGUUUCCGCAAUAUUUUUGCCAGAUGGUAAUCAAAUUUUGACAAGCUCCAAGGAUAAUUCUUUAAAGAUCUUAGACUCCCGAACAUUUGAGGUAGUGCAGACAAUAAGUGACAAUAUGAAUUAUACGUGCAGCUACAAGGGUAGCAAGCUUGUAUUGUCCCCAACAGGCAAUCAAGUCAUAGUCCCAUCGGCAUCUGGGAGACUAGUGGCUUUUGAUCUUACUAAUGGAAACUUUCUUAAGACGCUUAAAAAUGACAAGCUUCAUGGGGCUUCAGAGCUAAGUAUUUCAAUAAGUAGUUUAAAUAGUCCUGGUAAUACAUCUAUAGUGGAUGUGGAUUGGUGCCACAAGACUAAUAGAUUGGCAAGUAUUGAUAGAGGAGGAUUUCUCACUCUUUGGAAUUGA